CACACACACGGCGGCGGCGGUGGGAUUUCAGCUCUGCCCCUGUCCUAGAGGAGGCAGAAAUGACCAAGUCUCUGGAAUCAGUGUCACUCAAGGAUGUAACUGUAACCUUUAGCAGAGAAGAGUGGCAACAAUUGGACCUUACUCAAAAAAACUUAUACAGGGAUGUGAUGCUGGAAAACUAUUUCAACUUGAUCUCAGUGGGGUGUCAGGUUCCCAAGCCAGAAGUCAUUUUUAACUUGGAGCAAGGAGAAGGACCAUAUAUAUUGGAUGGUGAAAUCUCAAGUCAGAACUAUCUAGAUGGGGAUAUUUGUUUUGAAACUUCACAAGGAAUGUAUGAUGGCAUUUCAGUCCAAUUUGAGAGAAUUAAUCUUCUCAGAAGAGAUGAUUCUUAUUCCACUUUAGAGGAAUUGUGGCAAGAAAAUGAACAGACAAGGAGAUAUGAGAAAAACUAUAAUAAACAUUUAAAUUCUGUCCUCUUCAUCAACAAAGGAACCCUGGUUAAUGAGAAGAACUGUGAUUAUAAAGACAUUGGAAAAAUAGUUCAUGUAAACACACACCUUAUUCCUUCAAGGAAAAAAACUCAUAAUUAUGACUCAUUUGAUAAAAGUUUGAAGCCUAUUAUAAGCUUACAUAAUUACAAUAGAAAUGGUAUAACUGCAAAUCUGGAUAAGAUUGUGGAUAACUUUUUUACUCAUUUGAAUUCUCAUACAGAAAUGAGUGCAUAUGAAAAUAAUCAAUGUAAAAAACCUAUGAAUCAGAAGCACACUUUCAUUCAACAUCCAAAAAUUCAGACUAGGGAGCAUCUCUUUUUAUUUUCUGACUCUAUAAAAAUUCUCACCCAAAAGUCACAUCUUUCUGCACAUCAAAGUAUAUAUACUGAAGAAAAACAACAUGAAUGCAGCAAGUAUGGGACAGUCUUCACUCAGAAGUCCCAAUUUGCUGUUCCUCAGAUUUAUACAAGUAAGAAACAAUAUAUAUGUAAGGAAUAUGAGAAAGACUUUUUCCUCAAGUCAAACCAUGAGAAAACUCAUGCUAAGGAGAAUCACUUUAUGUGUAGUGAAUAUGGAGAAAAAUUUACCCAAUGUCAGGGGAUUAAUAAUGGGGGAAAACCCUAUGAACACAGAGAAUGUGAGAAAAAUACCUCUCAGAAUUCUAAUAUCAAUAUACAUGAAAAAAAACAUACUGGAGAGAAACACUUUGAAUGUACUGAAUGUGGAAAGGCCUUCACAAGAAAAUCAACACUAAGUAUGCAUCAGAAAAUUCAUACAGGAGAGAAACCGUAUGUGUGUACUGAAUGUGGGAAAGCUUUUAUCCGGAAAUCACAUUUUACUACCCAUGAGCGAAUUCACACUGGAGAGAAACCUUAUGAAUGCAGUGAUUGUGGGAAAUCCUUUAUUAAAAAGUCACAACUUCAUGUGCAUCAGCGAAUUCACACAGGAGAGAAUCCCUUCAUAUGUUCAGAAUGUAGUAAGGUUUUCACUCACAAGACAAAUCUCAUUAUACACCAGAAAAUUCAUACUGGAGAAAGACCCUAUAUUUGUACUGAAUGUGGGAAGGCCUUUACUGACAGGUCAAAUCUUAUUAAACACCAAAAAAUUCAUACUGGAGAGAAACCCUAUAAAUGUGGUGACUGUGGAAAAUCAUUCACUUGGAAGUCACGACUCAGAAUACAUCAGAAAUGUCAUACUGGAGAGAGACAUUAUGAAUGUAAUGAAUGUGGAAAAGCAUUCAUUCAGAAAUCAACACUAAGUAUGCAUCAGAGAAUUCAUAAAGGAGAAAAGCCCUAUGUUUGCACUGAAUGUGGGAAGGCCUUCUUCCACAAAUCACAUUUUAUUACACAUGAGAGAAUUCAUACUGGAGAGAAACCUUAUGAAUGCAAUAACUGUGGGAAAUCCUUUACUAAGAAAUCACAACUUCACGUGCAUCAGCAAAUUCACACAGGAGAGAAACCCUAUAGGUGUGCUGAAUGUGGAAAAGCUUUCACUGACAGAUCAAAUCUCUUUACACACCAGAAAAUUCAUACUGGAGAGAGACCUUAUAAAUGUAGUGACUGUGGAAAAGCCUUCACUCGAAAGUCAGGUCUUCAUAUACAUCAGCAAUCUCAUACUGGGGAAAGGCAUUAUGAAUGCAGUGAAUGUGGGAAAGCCUUUGCAAGGAAGUCAACACUAAUUAUGCAUCAGAGAAUUCAUACAGGGGAGAAACCCUAUAUUUGUACUGAGUGUGGAAAAUCCUUCAUCCAGAAGUCACACUUAAAUAGACAUCGGAGAAUUCACACUGGAGAGAAACCCUAUGAAUGUAGUGACUGUGGAAAGGCUUUCAUUAAGAAGUCACAACUUCAUGAGCAUCAGCGAAUUCACACAGGAGAGAGACCAUAUAUAUGCACUGAAUGUGGAAAAGCCUUCACCAUCAGAUCAAAUCUUAUUAAACAUCAGAAAAUUCAUACUAAACGGAAACCCUAUAAAUGCAGUGACUUUAGGAAAGCCUUAGAUUGGAAACCACAACUCACUAUACAUAAGAAAUCUGAUACUGGGAAUGUGGAAUGCUCAUUGUCACAAUCAUGGUGUGGAGAUACAAAGUUGUAAGAAGCCACAGUUUCACUAAGAAGAAGUGUUUCCUUCCUUUUUGCCGGAUCCCUGGUACAAGCACAAGGCCAAGAAACAAGCACAGCUUCUUCAUGUCUCUCUUCUCCAUGUGCCUCCUUUCUAUGGAUAUCACACUGUUAAUGCUGUGAAAGGAUAGAUUUAGAUGUUUUUAUUGAAAUGUAAUUAUCUUUCUCAUUUAGAUAAUAAGUGCAUUUUCCAAAAAGCAGGACACAGUAUGGCAAACAUAAACAGAAGCCAUACAUAGGCCAUGGUGUAUUCAUUUAUUAUUGAGAAUUAUCUCUUGGGAGAGCAUUAAUCUUAGGAAGAAUUUACAUGAUGGGCAAAUCAUUUUUUAAAGAUGGAAUUGUAUUCUAUUGGUAUUAAUAAGAAUGGCAUAGAAUGGGUGCACAGACUAAAUAAUGAAAAGAUAACACAUGUAACAAGGUUUCUAGGAUAUAGUUAUCUUUCAAGAAAUAAUGUGUAAUGGUCACAGUAGAAGAACCAGCAGCUAUAACAUAUGAAACCUGGCAUUCCAUAUGCUUCAUCUUAAUUGACUUUGUCCAAUUCACUACUGUGUUGUUCAUCUUCCCACUAGUUCUUUCUCAACAUUUAAAAUAGAAGCAUAUGGAAUGCCAAAAUCUAUGCCCCUUUCAUUUCAUUGUUUUUCUGGCUGGGUGGUAUCCCAGUGACCAUUUAGGAACUAAGGAUCUCUAGAUGAUUUUGUCCUCUUCUGUGUCCAUGGAGUCAUCUGCAAGCAGCCAAAGAAUGGGAAAAUAGGGUGAGGUGUAGGAGGUUUUAUUAGUAUACUUUCUUUCUGGUUCCAUUCAAGUGGCUAGAAUUCCAUCAUGCACCCAGCUGCAAUGGAGACCAGUAAAUGCGAUCUCAUUGUAUGAUAUGUUAUUCUGCUACCGUUUUAUUCCUUUACUCUUUUUUUUACCUUCUAAAAUUCAGAGGUGUUUCAAUUAUUUUCAUUCACUAGUGCUACUGAGCUAAUGCUGCUUUUUGCUGAAGGUCUAAUGUAGUUAAAUGUUCUCAUAAUUAAUAAAACUUCUUUUGUGUACUUGGCUCUAGUGUAAAGUUAUCAACUUCCUUAAAGACAGUGAAAUGUUGGCAAAAAUGAGGUGAAAUAUGUACUCUCAUUCAUUCCUGAGAGGAAACAUCCUUCUGCAGAUAACCAAAUUUAGAAUAUACUGCUUUUGGGCACUCCCUAGUGGCACAAAGA